AUGAACACUCCAAAAAAGAAGUUGGAAUGGCGGUCAGAAAUAUACAAAAGUCAGUAUGCACAAACCAAUGUAUCUAAUGGUCAAAUUGAUGACUAUGACUCGGAGAGAAUGCAAAUACGCUUAUUAACCUUUAUAUUCUUGUUAAAAAAGUCAGAAAAAGAAUUUAAACAAAUUCUACUUAAGCAUAAUUUACACAUAAAUCAAAUUUCUAGGUUACUAACAAUUUUACCGCCAAAUUCAAUUCACUAUUCCAAUGAAAUUCUUAAUUGUCUGGAAAAUUAUCAAAUACUUGACAGUGUAUUGAAUUCACAAAUUCAAUUUUCAAGGGAUUAUGAAUUACUCCAAAGUGUUAUACACUCUGAUGUAGAAAAUAGUCAAUAUCUGCAUCAAUUACCAUGGAUUAUUAUCCAACUCAUGUCAUCUUUAUUAACUCAUACAACGAAAGCUUUAGCAACUUCUCCUCUUUUAUCUAAACAAUACUAUUCAUAUAGUCAACAGAAGUCAAGAAUGUUUAAGAAUCAUUUUAUGAAUCAUUCAUCUAGAGGAUUUUAUAACGGCCUUAGGCAUUCUAACCAUGAAGUACAUUAUCUUAGCAAAAAAUGCAUGUCACUAUCAUCAUCAUUAAGUCAGUUGAAAUUCAUGCCAAUAUCUCUCCACACUACGCCAUUACCAGUAACAUCUUUAACUGAGAUGAAUUCAAAAGAUCAUAAAAAUGUUAUCAUCUUGAAUGAACAUUUAAAAAAUGCACUUUCGAUGAAAAUACCAUCAUCAUCGUCACUGAAAAGGAAAAAAACUCCUGGUGUUCAAGCGACACUACAUCCAGACAUCUUUAAAUUUACAAGUCAAUCCCAUAACUAUAAAGAAUUCAGCUUGAAUACACUUGUAAAAUUUAUGAAAUCCUUUCUAUUACGACGUUGUAUAUCAACAUAUUCAAAACGAGUCGACACUUUUAAACCUGCUCAACUGUAUCGUUCAUGUUCAGAAAAUAGAAGAAUUGGCAAUGUAGGCAGUUAUAAGCAUAAAAAGUUGCAGAAGACUAGCAGUGAAAUUCAACUGCAUAAAAUUAUAAAAAGUACUGAAGUACUCGAAGAAGAUGUGGAUAAAUCAAGUGAAUUCGGCAGUCAUGAUACUACUGAAGAGAGCAGUAGCUUUGUUGUGAGUAGUAGUAUGAUAAGUAAUCGAGAAUUACUGCCGGAACAUCUAUCACAGUAUAGUGAGCUGAUCAUUACUUCACCAGAUCUCUAUGAGAAGUAUGAAUUAAAUGAAGAGAAGCUACCAGAAACAGUUGAGACAGCUAGUCACCUAGUUUAUGAAAUCGGAUUGACGCUGAUGGUUUCUAACCUGAGGUAUUCGCUAGUCAAUAUGAAGUGUUUAAUUUAUAGCAUUAAUAAGUGGGAUAAAUUACAUCUGAAUUAUGGGGCUAUUUUAACAGAGAAUUUAUUUAACGAUAGUUCAAUCUAUCGAAUACCUCCAAGUAAUAAUUUCCAAUUGAAAUCACUAUCAUCGCCUAGCAAAGAUACAUACAAAAUUACAAACACUUGUCUAUUCACUGUACAAGGAUUUAAUAAACGCAAAAAUUUCUAUAGACUUAGUACAUAUGCAGUAGUAGAGAAGCGGUUGUGUCAAAUAACUCCACUGGAUACUUCAUCUUCUCGUUCAUCGGCAACAACAACAACAACAGCAACAACAGUGUCAACGAGAUCUUCAAAACGAUCACUGACAAAAUUAUCGCCUAUGUCAGGUGAUAAUUCGUCUACAACAACAAAAAUCAAUAACCGAUAUGGUCUUAAGUCAAUCAGUUCGCAGAAAAAGUAUCAAGGCGUGAAUACAGCACACAAUACUGUUUCCAGUGUAUCUACUGGUGAUACAAACGAAUUCAAAUCUAACCGGCGUAUAACAUCGACAAAAGAUAAACAAAUAAAGAUGGAUAAGGACCAGGAGGAGACAAAGACGACAACGAAGAAGAAGAAGAAGACAGAAGGAUUUCGAUAUUGUCCACAAAAACCUCUUAUGAAACAUUCUCAUCUGUUUCUAGAAAAGUCGGUGGAAAAGUCCAGAGUAGGCAUAAGACGAACUUUUACUCCAAUGAAGCCACGACAACGUUACCAACAACAACAACAACAGCCAGAGCAACAACGCCAACUUGCCAGUAAAUCUUCUAGAACAAAUCAUAUCAAAAUGCUGAAGAGACAUUCAUCUGUACAGUCGUUACAAAAAACCAAAUAUGCCAAUAUUUACUCGCCUAAUUCAAAAUUGUAUCAAGUGUCAAGACCUCGACCAUGUUCAGUUCCAAUGACUAAUCAAUCAAAAGACCUUAAAUCAUCAAACGUAAAACGCCAUCACAGUCAAAGUUUGGAUAAAGUGAACACAAUAAAACAGAAUAAAUUAUCACGAAAUAAAGUACAACCCUUUUCAAAAUUAAACAAACCUCUAAGACAGAAUCAAUCAAUCAAUAGACAAAUCAAUAUUAUUAUGACUAAUAGCGGUAAAACAAUUCAAAUAAGCAAUAUACAGCUGAUCAAAUUACAAAAGACUCAAAAUCGUAUUCAGGCGGGUAAUUCUAGAGGUCACUUAACCAAAAAUAACCUUAUUGCAUCGAUAAAUGCUAAUAUUACACCUAAAUUGGACAUAUUUAUGCCUACAGAUAAACAAAAAUCAUUGAAACCAUCGAAUUAUUUAAUUAAGCGCCAACUGUAUCGAAAAUCAUCGAUUACUACUCCUUAUCCACUGAAUAGGAGAGAUAAAAUGAAGAAUUUCUCAGUUCUCCAGUUUGUUUUAGGUAGAAUUACAACAAAUAGUCGUCUACACAGUGUAGCACUUAAACGAGAGAUUGACAAAAUGAAGAGAAUACAAUUCAGGGAUGAUGGUAGAAUUGAUGAUUCUACACCUGAGGAUACAGACACAAGUCAGCCAACGCUUGCCUCUAAUUCUGAUGUUUCUACAAAGCAUAAUACACCGAUGACAGGCAUAUCAAAGCAUUUAGGUGAUUCUGUAAGCCGAGUGAUUGAAAACAAGAUUAGAUUACACUCUGAUAAACCUAUUAUUACCUCUGAAACAUGUAUGUCUGUCAAGAUCGGGACAACUGGUGAAGAAAGUGAAGUAGGCGGAGAAGAAGAAGAAGGAAUGUUGAAAUGUUGCAGUAAAGAAGUCUGUUCAACAAGUAUUGCAUAGAGACUACUCCUCGUUGGAGGUUAUCUGUCUGAUAUGAUAAUUUUCAUUUUAUUUU